AUGAAGUCGCGGCGGGACAGGCUGAAGAUCCCCUCGCUGACCUUGGACUUGUCUCCGAGCAGUCAGAGCCCGACGCUGCUGAGCCCCUGCAGCCCCUGCAGCCCCUGCAGCCCCUUACUAACCCUGCACCCCUGGAGCUGCCGAAGCAGCAAUAGGAAGAGCUUAGUGGUGGGCACCCCCUCUCCGACCCUCUCGCGGCCUCUCUCCCCGCUCUCCGUGCCAACAGCUGGGAGCAGCCCCUUGGACAGCCCACGCAACUUCUCUGCCAGCACCUCCAUCAACUUCCCCUUCGCUCGCAGCCAUGCUCCUCGGACUGACAGGGCUGAUGGCAGAAGGUGGUCACUGGCUUCGCUACCCUCCUCUGGCUAUGGGACCAACACCCCCAGCUCCACUGUCUCGUCGUCUUCGUCCUCCCAGGAGCGCCUGCACCAGCUGCCGUACCAGCCCACCCCCGACGAGCUGCAUUUCCUUUCUAAGCAUUUCCGCAGUACGGAGAGCGUCACGGACGAGGAGGGGCGGCACUCGCCCUGCCUGCGCCCACGAUCCAGGAGCCUCAGCCCUGGACGGACGAGUGGAACGUUUGAUAACGAGGUUGUGAUGAUGAACCAUGUCUACAAGGAGCGGUUCCCCAAGGCUACGGCCCAAAUGGAAGAGCGUCUGCAGGACACCAUCACAAACUUCUCUCCGAGCAGCACUCUGCCCCUGGCAGACGGGGUGCUGGGCUUCAUCCACCAUCAAAUCAUCGAGCUGGCCCGUGACUGCCUGGCAAAGUCCCAGGGAGCUCUCAUCACCUCCCGCUACUUCAUGGAGCUGCAAGAGAAACUCGAGAAGAUGCUCCGAGAUGCUCAGGAGCGUUCGGAGAGCGAGGAGGUGAAGUUCAUCGACCAACUGGUGAGGAAGCUGCUGAUCAUCAUCUCCCGUCCUGCUCGCCUUCUGGAGUGCCUGGAGUUUGACCCGGAGGAGUUUUACCAUCUCCUGGAAGCUGCAGAAGGACACGCCAAAGUUGGCCAGGGAAUAAAGACCGAUAUUCCCCGAUACAUCAUCAGCCAACUGGGGCUCGUCAAGGACCCACUGGAGGAAAUGGUCCAGCUGGAUCACUUCGACAGCGGGAACACCAUCACGCCGGAGAACGAUGACGCCUGUGAGAGCCAGCCUUCGGCCACCACUCCUCGGAGGAAGCCCUGUGAGGGGGACUUUGAGACCAUCAAGCUGAUCAGCAACGGGGCUUACGGGGCCGUGUACCUGGUGAGGCACAGGGAGACGCGGCAGCGCUUCGCCUUGAAGAAAAUCAACAAGCAGAACCUCAUCCUGAGGAACCAGAUCCAGCAGGUGUUCGUGGAGAGGGACAUCCUCACCUUCGCGGAGAACCCCUUCGUGGUCAGCAUGUUCUGCUCCUUCGAGACGAAGCGACACCUCUGCAUGGUGAUGGAGUACGUGGAAGGGGGGGAUUGUGCCACGUUGCUGAAGAACAUGGGCCCGCUGCCUGUCGACAUGGCGAAGAUGUACUUUGCUGAGACCGUUCUCGCGCUGGAGUAUCUCCACAACUACGGCAUCGUCCACCGGGACCUCAAACCCGACAAUUUGCUCAUCACCUCUAUGGGCCACAUAAAGCUGACGGACUUCGGUCUGUCAAAGAUCGGCUUGAUGAACAUGACCACGAACCUCUACGAAGGUCAUAUGGAGAAGGACACUCGGGAGUUCAUGGACAAGCAGGUGUGUGGCACUCCAGAGUACAUCGCCCCAGAAGUCAUCCUCAUACAAGGCUACGGGAAGCCCGUCGACUGGUGGGCCAUGGGCAUCAUCCUCUACGAGUUCCUGGUGGGCUGUGUCCCCUUCUUCGGAGACACCCCCGAGGAGCUCUUCGGGCAGGUCAUCAGCGAUGAAAUUAUGUGGCCAGAAGGGGAUGAGGCUCUUCCCGCGGACGCCCAGGACCUGAUCACGCGGUUGCUGAGACAGUGUCCCCUCGAGCGCUUGGGCACCGGGGGUGCGCACGAGGUGAAGCACCAUUCCUUCUUCCUCCACCUGGACUGGAACGGGUUGCUGCGGCAGAAGGCUGAGUUCAUCCCCCAGCUGGAGUCGGAGGAUGACACCAGCUACUUCGACACUCGCUCUGAGAGGUACCGCCACUUGGAUUCGGAGGAUGAAGAAACCAACGACGAGGAAUCGUCCGUGGAGAUCGGGCAGUUCUCCUCCUGCUCCCAUCGCUUCAGCAAGGUGUACAGCAGCUCCGAAUUCCUGGCGGUUAACUCCAACCUCAGCCUCUCGUCCUCCGACCGGAGUCACGGCGAGGACAAAGAGGAGCGAUGGGACAGGCACUCAGGAGACGAGGACAGGAGCCGGCUGGCGGGCACAGAGCCCCGGCUCCGCUCCUGGACAUCCUGCAGCUCCACGCCGUACACCUCCCGGCAUGAGCGAAGCCGCAGCCCCGCCGCGCUGCCCAGCACCUACAGCCUGGACACCAUGCCCAAGUUUGCCUUCUCCUCGGAGGACGAAAGCCCUUGCGUGGCAUCCUCCAAGCCAGAGAGACCCAAGUUUGUGCUGGGAGAUCUCGACGCAGGGACCGGCAGCACGGUGAAGCCAUCGGCGCUAUCCGCUGAUCUCGUCAGCCUGAACCGCAUCCGCCUCCGGAGCAACAGCACCGGCACCAAAAACUCGACUCCCCGGGGCCUGGAGCCGGGCGGGAGCCGUCGGCUUAGCAGCCAGAAGGACGUGCCGGACAGGCAGAGAUCCUCGCCGGGCAGCCGCGUCCCCAAAUCCGCCUCCGUCUCAGCCCUGUCCCUCAUCAUCACAUCAGACGACUUCGGCAGCGGCGCCCUGAUGAGCCCCAUCUCCCACUCCCUCUCAUCCAACCCCUCUUCCCGUGACUCCUCCCCAAGCCGAGACUCAUCCCUCGCCAUCGCCAGCCUGCGGCCCCCCAUCAUCAUCCACAGCUCCGGCAAGAAGUACGGCUUCACCCUGCGAGCCAUCCGCGUCUACAUGGGGGACAGCGACGUCUAUACUGUCCACCAUAUGGUCUGGAGCGUGGAAGAGGGGAGCCCUGCGCAGGAAGCGGGGCUGAGAGCGGGCGAUCUCAUCACACAUGUGAACGGCGAGUCAGUGCUGGGUUUAGUUCACCGGGACGUCGUGGAGCUGCUGCUGAAGAGCGGGAAUAAAGUGGCCCUGCGGACCACCGCCCUGGAGAACACCUCCAUUAAAAUCGGUCCCGCUCGGAAAAACAGCUCCAAGACGAGGAUGGCACGGAGGAGUAAGAAGAGCAGGAAAAGGGACGGCCAGGACAGGAGAAAAUGCCUUUUCAAGAAGAUCUCCAAGCAGUCAUCGGUCCUGCACACCAGCCGCAGCUUCUCCUCCGGUCUCCAUCACUCGCUGUCCUCCAGCGAGAGCCUCCCGGAGUCCCCCACCCACAGCCUGUCCCCAGGUCCCGCGACACCCUGCCGCAGCCCCGCUCCCGACCUGCCCCCAGAUGCUGUGUCCCCGCAGAGCACCUCUCCCUCCUCCAGCACCCCAACGUCACCCGCCGGCCACGUGCGCCCCAGCUCCCUGCACGGGCUGGCACCCAAACUGGGUGGGCAACGCUACAAAGUGGGACGGCGCAAAUCCACCAGCAGCAUCCCCCCCUCGCCCCUCGCCUGCACCCCUUCUUCCGCCCAGCGCCCGCCUUCUCCCCAACGCUCCCCAUCCCCGCUCCUCGGGUACCCCAAAACCCCCCCCCGCUCCCCCCUCCUCAAACGCGUCCAGUCGGCCGAGAAGAUCGGCGAAGGACCGGCGUACGCCGGGGAGCACGGUUAUCACGCCACCAGCUCCCGGCUUGGGGAGAGGCAUGACCGGGACCAGGAGGUGGUAGUCAUGCGGCGCUUGAACCUCUCCGAGCGCCGGGACUCCUUCAAGAAGCAAGAAGCAGUUCAAGAAGUGAGCUUCGAUGAGCCAGAGCCGGUGCCGGCAAGCGAAGACGGCAGCAAGAGAGAAGCCGGGCAGGGUGUUGUUCUCCAGUGUGGUGGCACGGCCGGCACGGAGCCGAAGCCGAAGCCCAGCCCAGUCCCACAGAUCGCAGUGCAGGGCUCCGAGAGCGAUGAGCAGGAGCUGGCGGCAGCCGAGUGGGAAUGCCAGGGCUUCUACCCCAUCGGCAACGCCGAGCAGCCGGCCGGCAGCAUCUCCUCACCACGGCGGGAUGGAUGCGAGCAUCGGGACCGCGGCUCCCAGCAGCACCGGAACUGCGGGGAGAGAGCAACCAGCCACCGGCAACCACCGCGGGUGCCGCCGGCGCUGCCGACACAGGGCCAGGAGCCGGCGGGUGCUCAGCUCCCAGCACCCCGGGGCAGCAAAUGGAGCGGGGCUGAGCACGCCUGAGCCCCACGCCGACACCCAGGGAUGGUUCAGGCUCCCCGUGGCAUCCCACUGCCUCCCCGAAAAACCCAUCCCGCGCGGCUUAUCUGUGAGAUAAACAUCCCUGGAGCCAUUUUGGACGUCGGCGUUGGCCGGGCUGGCUGCGCCCCGGCACUUCACCUCCCCCGAAGGCUUUUUGUACUCCCCGAAAGAUGCUCAUAUUUUUAUAGAGACGCGGGAGCUUUUCCGGCGGUGGCGUUUCCCCGGCAGGGCCCCAACCUUUGUGUAUAGAAAGGACUCGAUGCAAAUAUUCGUUAAUUAAUUUAUUACU